AUGCAUGAGAGUGAGGAGUUAGUUCAAGAGGCGGGAGCAAUCGAAGCAAUCUAUCCGGAAUGUAUAGAGAAGUUGUUUGAAGGAGUGUAUAAACUUAGAAUCCCCCAACAUGAGCACAUACUUUUUCAGAUGUCGUUUCCAGAAGACUAUCCCGAAUCCAAACCUUACAUAUUAGAUGUGGUAUCAGAAAAAGAAGGAUUUGAUGAAAAGUAUCUUAUGGAAUUGUUUCAGGACGUUCUAGAUUCGAUAUAUCAUGAAGGAGUAGUGGUUAUUUUUGAUUUAUUUACGGAGUUAGAGGCAGUGUUACAUAUUGAAGAAGACGCAGAUGAAGAAAUUAAAAAUGAGGAGGAUCAUUGGGGUAUGGAUGAGUCUAAUGUAAGAAACCUUGCUACAAAUCUAGAGGCGUCGAAAGUUAUCAGAGAAACAGGAGAAGAAGAAGAAAAAAAAAAAGAAGAACAAGAACAAGAACAACCCCAAUCACAUUUGGAAUAUGUAUAUGCUAAAAAUAAGGAAAAGAGAUACGCUAAAACAGGUAAGCCUGAUAAUUAUACAAAGCCAAACAAAAUGUCAGAUCCUCUUGAUGGUUGGAUAAUAAGUGAGCCGAUAUCUGACAGAAAAUCAACAUUUGUGGCAUUUGCAAAGGAAGUACAUUCUCUAGAUGAUGCUUACAUGAAACUAUCUCGAUUGAUGGAAGAUAAGAAGGUUAGUCGUGCAAACCACGCAAUGAGGGCAUGGAGAAUCAAAGAUAGUGAGAAAGGUGUGCAAUAUCAGGACUGUGACGAUGAUGGAGAAACAGCUGCUGGUGGACGAAUGUUGCAUUUAAUGUCGAUAAUGGAUGCAUGGAAUGUUAUGGUAGUUUGCUGUAGAUGGUUUGGUGGUGUUCAUAUUGGCCCAGAUAGAUUUAAACAUAUUAACAGCACAACUAGAGAUGUUUUAGUCAAGGGAAAUUUUGUUGAUAUUGAUAGUAAGAAAUCUAAAAAGAAGAGAAAGUAA